CGGCUAUGUAGGACUCGGUCUGUCUGCCCAGGGUAAUGCGCAAAGCAGGGCCAACCCUGCUGGAGCUCAGGAGGUCGAGUUGCGAGGAGCAGGACCCGGCACCGCGGCGCGGACAGCGGCUGCAUUGUAACCGCUGAGGGGUCUGCCAGCUUGCAAUCGGCGAAGGCACCCUCGGGGGUGUGGAUCUGAGACAGGCAGGGUCGGGGGAGGCCGGAUCCGAGAGAAGCAGCUUCCGCGGGGCGGAGGUGUGUGCAUACAGGCUGUGGCGGCCGUGUCUCCUGGGAGAUGCUGUGACGGAUCCGUGCGGGAGGAGCUCUCGCCUCGCCUCGCGCCCCACUGGACUUGGUGGCCGCGGCGGCUCGGUCACCCCCUUCUGAGUGGAAGUAUGCGAGACUUAACAGCACAAGUGACUAGUGGUCUCCUGCAAUUCCCAGAAGUGACUAUUCAAGCCCUUGGAGAAGAUGAAAUAACACUAGAAUCUGUGCUUCGUGGAAAGUUUGCUACAGGGAAAAGUGGACUUGCUUGCUUGGCUUGUGGUCCACAACUUGAGGUAGUAAACUCUGUAACAGGAGAGCGCUUGUCUGCGUAUAGAUUUAAUGGCGUAAAUGAUCAGCCUCCUAUAGUCCUAGCAGUGAAAGAAUUCUCUUGGCAGAAGAGAACUGGAUUGUUAAUUGGAUUGGAAGAAGCAGAAGGGAGUGUUCUCUGUCUUUAUGACCUUGGCAUAUCAAGAGUGGUUAAAGCAGUUGUUCUUCCAGGAAGGGUAACCGCUAUAGAACCUAUAAUUAAUCAUGGAGGAGCCAGCGCAAGCACUCAGCAUUUACACCCAAGUCUGCGAUGGCUUUUCGGUGUGGCGGCUGUGGUAACUGAUGUUGGACAGAUCCUUCUUAUUGACCUGUGUUUGGAUGACUUGUCAUGCAGUCAGAAUGAAAUAGAGGCAUCAGACCUUGAAGUUGUAACUGGUAUCCCGGCUGAAGUACCGCACAUCAGAGAAAAUGUGAUGCGAGAAGGGCGCCAUCUGUGUCUCCAGUUAGUGAGCCCUUCAGGAACAGCCGUUUCAACUCUCAGUUACAUCAGCAGGACAAAUCAGCUCGCUGUAGGCUUUUCUGAUGGCUGUCUAGCACUUUGGAAUAUGAAAAGCAUGAAAAGAGAAUACUUCACACAGCUGGAAGGUGGAAGAGUUCCUGUAUAUGCUGUUACUUUUCAAGAACCUGAGAAUGAUCCUCGUAAUUGCUGUUAUUUGUGGGCUGUUCAGUCUACACAAGAUAGUGAAGGGGAUGUUUUGAGUUUACAUCUGCUCCAGCUGGCCUUUGGUGAUAGAAAGUGUUUGGCAUCAGGACAAAUCUUAUAUGAGGGAUUAGAGUACUGUGAAGAAAGGUACACACUGGACCUUACAGGCGACAUGUUUCCCUUGAGAGGACAAACUAGUAAUACCAAACUGUUGGCCUGCCAGAGUAUAGAGAAAUUUCGAUCUCAUGGCGACAGGGAGGAAGGCAUGAAUGAAGCUCUGUCUCCUGACACAAGUGUUUCAGUCUUUACCUGGCAGGUGAAUAUAUACGGACAGGGAAAGCCUUCAAUAUAUUUGGGGCUUUUUGACAUAAAUCGUUGGUAUCAUGCACAAAUGCCAGAUUCAUUAAGAUCAGGAGAAUAUCUGCAUAAUUGCUCAUAUUUUGCACUGUGGUCAUUGGAUUCGGUUGUAAGUAGGACAUCUCCACAUUACAUCUUGGAUAUAUUAGUACAUGAGAGAAGUUUAAGUCGAGGAGUUCCUCCUUUGUAUCCACCUCCUGAGCAGUUUUUUAACCCAAGUACUUAUAAUUUUGAUGCCACUUGUUUGUUAAACUCAGGAGUUGUUCAUAUAACUUGUACUGGCUUUCAGAAAGAGACUUUGACUUUUUUAAAGAAAUCAGGACCAUCUCUCAAUGAAGUCAUUCCCGACGGUUAUAAUCGCUGUCUUGUGGCUGGCCUUCUCUCACCAAGACUUAUUGAUAUUCAGCCUUCCAGUUUAAGUCAAGAAGAACAGUUAGAAGCUAUAUUGUCAGCAGCAGUUCACACAAGUUCUCUGGGACUUUUGACUGGAUGUAUCAAAAGGUGGAUAACAGAAGAACAACCAAAUUCUGCUGCUAAUUUGCGCUUUGUUCUCGAAUGGACAUGGAAUAAAGUGAUUCUCACAAAAGAGGAAUUUGACAGACUAUGUACUCCAUUAUUUGAUGGUUCGUGUCGUUUCAUCGAUCCACAAACCAUACAGUCUAUCCAGCAGUGUCAUUUGCUUCUUAGCAACCUUAAUACAGUCUUAAGCUGUUUUGCAACAGAGGCCCAGGAGGUCACUGAGAGAGGUCUGAUGGACUUAAGCAAUAAGCAUAUGGUUACCCAGCUCAUCUGUCAAUAUGCACAAAUGGUUCUUUGGUUCUCUCAUUCCGGGCUUUUACCAGAGGGCUUAGAUGAUGCGGUGCAGUUGUCAAGGUUAUGCUACAACUACCCUGUAAUUCAGAACUACUACACCAGUCGUCGACAGAAGUGUGAGCGUUUGUCAAGAGGGAAGUGGAACCCCGAUUGCUUGAUGAUUGAUGGAAUGGUUUCUCAGUUAGGAGAGCAAGUUGAGAAGUUGUGGAAACGAGAUGAAGGAGGCACAGGAAAAUACCCUCCUACUAGUCUACAUGCACUGCUUGACAUAUACCUACUAGACAAUGUUACUGAAGCAAUCAAACAUUCUGUUACCAUUUAUUUGCUGCUUGAUAUUAUGUAUUCCUUUCCAAACAAAACGGAUACUUCAAUUGAAUCUUUUCCAACUGCCUUUGCCAUUUCUUGGGGCCAAGUUAAACUCAUUCAGGGCUUUUGGCUGCUAGAUCAUAAUGACUAUGAGAGUGCUUUGGAUCUUUUAUUUCACCCAGCUACUGCAAAACCUGUGCCAUGGCAACAUUCAAAGAUAAUUCAAGCGUUCAUGACUCAGGGCGAACAUAGACAAGCCCUCAGAUAUAUUCAGACAAUGAAGCCGCCAGUGGCCAGUGGUAAUGAUGUUAUCCUUCACCUCACUGUUUUGCUUUUUAACAGGUGCAUGGUUGAGGCCUGGACUUUAUUGCGACAUCAUUCUAAUCGAUUGAAUGUAGAGGAGUUACUAAAGCAUACGUAUGAAGUCUGUCAGGAAAUGGGCUUAAUGGAGGAUUUACUGAAGUUACCAUUUACAGACACUGAGCAGGAAUGUUUAGUGAAAUUCUUGCAGUCCAGUGCCAGUGUUCAGAAUCAUGAAUUCCUUUUAGUUCACCAUUUGCAGCGUGCCAAUUAUAUUCCUGCCUUGAGGCUGAACCAAACUCUGAAGAUUAAUCUUAUGAAUGAUCGUGAUCCUCGUUUACGUGAGAGAUCAGUGGCUCGAAAUUCUAUAUUAGACCAAUAUGGGAAAAUCCUUCCUAGAGUCCAGCGAAAAUUAGCCAUUGAACGAGCUAAGCCUUACCAUCUGACAACAUCAUCAGUUUUUCGAGAAGUUUCUAAACCCAGACCAUUAUCAGCAGUUCCAAAGCAAGCUGUAACAGGGACUGUGUUAACAAGAUCUGCAUUCAUCAAUAAUGUGUUAUCUAAAAUUGGAGAAGUUUGGGCAAGCAAUGAAUCUAAAAACGGCAUUUCUCCCUACGUUGGUCCUAACAUAGAAGAACCAUCUCCUAUAGUAUAUUCUCUCCCAGACCCAGAGCUGCCUGAGGCAUUUGUUGGAACACCAAUUUCAAAAGCAUCACAAAAAAUUUCUAGACUGCUGGAUUUGGUUCGUCCUGUCCCCCAGCCGUCUCAGUAUUUGAAUUUUAUUCAGCAAACCCCUUCCACAAGAUCUCCUUUGUACCUAGCAUCCAGUCCAUUGCCAUUAAGUCAAUUAAAAGGGUCACAUCAAAACACCUCUAGAGCAUCAGAAUUGCAUUUACUUGAAACUCCUCUUAUUGUUAAGAAAGCUAAAACUUUGGCCAUGUCGGUUACUUCCUCUGGAUUUGCUGAGUUCACUCCUCAAUCCAUCCUAAGGUCUGGACUUCGGACAACACCUUUAGCUUCUCCCUCUCUGUCACCUGGAAGGUCUCUUACUCCUCCUUUACGACUUAAAGAAACUAGAAUUUCAUUCGUGGAAGAAGGUGUGAACACAAAAUGGACUGCUGGAGUUACAGAUGACAGCAAAACAAAAGUAUUUAUUACUACAUCUUUCCAUAAAUGUGGAGUUCCAGCAGAAACUGAAUGGGUGAAGAGCAAAGAUAAGGCCACAUCCUUUUCCCCGACUAGUCCUGAGAAGAACCAUCAAGAAAUGGAUAUGAGGUCACUGGAUACACCCUCUCAUAGUUUGGAGAAACUGGAUACGAGCAAAGAAAACAGCAUUGCUUCAACCAGAUCAGACCAGACUACCUUGGAGUAUCAGGAUGCGCCAGCACCAGAAGACUUUGAAGAUAUUUUCAUAACCACUAAACCAACAAGCUCUUCCACUGAACUGAUCACUAAUUUAACUGAACAAACUGAGAAGGAAGGUGAUAAAGAUGUGUUUGAGUCAGAAGUAACUCCUCCAGACCUAGAGAAACAAACUGGCACUUUAGAAGAUGCAGAAACAAAAGACCUCCUAGUUCCAAAGGAGACACUUUCAGAAUUUCAGAAUCACUUAAGCCCCAUUCAAGGAGUUGAAGCUGCUUCUUGUGCACCAUCAAACCAUGAAGGGAAAAUCCUCUUUCCGGAAUCCAAGGUACCAGUUUUGGAUGAAGGACUAGUAUCUGUUGAAAACUGCGCCUCUACUAGUAGCACAGAUAACAGUAAGUCUACGGUGGAUACCAUUGGUGAUAGUGGAAGCUCGGGGCCCGUUAUCUCUGAAAGUCCUGUUGUCUCUGAACAUAGUCUUGAUCAGGAAGUAACAUUGAACCUUAAAGAAGAUCAUGAAAUAGAAGUUGAUGUACUAAAAGAAAGCAUUGACUUACCAGAAGAAAAGCCUCCAAUUUCUGAUGCGCCUCCUGAUACUCAAGAAAUUCAUGUGAUUGAACAUGAAAAAAUUGAAGCUCAAGAUUCAGGAGAAGAGGCUAGGAAUCUUUCAUAUAAUGAGUUGUAUCCCUCAGGAACUCUUAAGCUUCAAUAUAAUUUUGAUACCAUUGAGCAACAGUUUUGUGACUUGCCUGAUAAUAAAGACUCUACUGAGUGUGACGUUGCUGAAGUAGAUGGGGAACUUUUUGUGGCUCAGAGCAACUUUACCUUGAUUUUGGAAGGUGAAGAAGGAGAAUUUGAGACGGGUGAUUCUGCAGCAUCUAAUGUAUUAGUUAAAGCAGCUAACACAGCAACUGAGGAAAAGCACGUGUACAGUGGGGAAAAUGAUAAUCAUGGGCAUGUUACAAAUUUGCCAUCUAUCGUAACUAGUGAUCAGGAGUCCCAAAAGGUAGAGACAUUCCCAUAUGUGCCUGAACCAAUUAAAGUAGCUAUUGCAGAAAACUUACUAGAUGUAAUUAAAGACACAAGAAGUAAAGAAAUUACUUCAGACACAAUGGAACAGCCCAUUCUUGAAAACAUACCUUUAAUAAGCCAAAAGGUAAUGUCUUCCACCACGUUAGCCAAGUCUACGUUUAAGACUGUUGAAGAAACCAGUACAAUGACUAUGAAUGUCAACCAGGUAGAUGAUAUGGUUUCCUCCAGAACUCGCACAAGAGGACAGCGUGUCCAAAGCCUGAAUAUCAAAUCACAACAGGAAGAGUCAGUAAAUAUUGCUACUCCUGAGAUACUGGGGCUUUCAGUUUUGAAGAAAACUAGGAAAACAAAAGAAAUGUCUGAUGCUUCUGAAAAUGUCUACUCUGAUGUCAAAGGAAUAUCUCAGAACCAGCAAUUACCUCAAAAUCUUGUUACUCCUAGGAGAGGAAGGAGAAAAAAAGACACCGAUCAGGACACAUUAGAAAGUAUUAACCCUAUGGAACAAGAAUUCCGGGUCAGUGCAGGUAGGGAAUUAAGAAGGUUAAAGUCAUCUCAGCUGUUGGAUCCAGCAACUGAAGAAGCUUCUUUUAAUAAAGAAGUAAAGCUUACAUCUGUUACAAGAAGGACUCCUAAAAGAACUAAAAAGUCUAUUGAAAAUCAGGAAAGUGUUGAAAUUAUAAGUGAUCCAAAAGUUAAUAAAGGGGCAAGCCCUAGCAGAAGUAUCAGGAAAUUGAGAAGCAGUAAUUUGAAAGCUUCUGAAGAUGUAGAAUGUAAACAAGAUGGGAUGUCCAGUGACCAGCAACUGCCUGUUCAACGCAGUAGAAGAGUCAAAGAGAGAGAAGUUAGUGCAUCAGAUGUGAUGGAGCACUCUAAACUUGAUUCAUCACAGUUGAUUCUUCAAGCAGAAUUUGAUAUUCCUGCCACACCUAGGAAACGCGGUAGACCAAGAAAAGUAGAUCCAUAUGAAGAUUUAGGAUUGAAGGCUGUCGAGGGAGAGAGAAGUCCCAAAAAGAGAAAAGUUCUUAGCAUCCAAAGGAGAUCUACAAGAAACACUCCAAGUAAAAGUGAAAAUAUUGAUGUUGGAAAACUAGCUUUAGAAGAAUCCAUUUUAUUGCCAAAUGAGGAACUUGCUACCGUGGUGAGCUCUAAGAAGAAGCUUACCAAAAGGACUGAAAAUCAAAGCCAGAAACGUCCAUUACGCUCAAUAGCAGAAGAGCACUUCGGUAACGAAAUGACACACCAAGAACCAAAUAGCCAAGAAGAAGGAUUGCUUGCCACAGCUGCUUUGACUAAAUCUUCCCGUGGCACAAGGACUAGAUCUAGCAAGGCUGUCUUGUUGCCAGACCUUUCUGAACCAAAAAAUGAACCUCUUUUAUUUUCUACUCCUGUGUCAAAAGUUCCGAGGAAAGAGAAAGCUAAAAAAAUAGAAGCUUCUGCACAGCUGAAAGAAUUGGUUUCAGAUUUAUCUUCACCAUUCGUCUUCUCACCUCCUACUUUGAGGACCAGGAGAAAAAAUGCAUCCAGUACAUCCAAGCUCAUAGACAAACUGGAAGAUGAUUCUAAAUCAACAGAAACUGUGGAAAAACAAAAAGUGAAAAGAAUCAGGACUGCAAAAACAAAACAAGCGAGCAAAAAAACAGAAAAAGAAAGUUCUUGGUCACCUCCUCCAGUAGAAAUUAAGCUGAUUUCUCCUUUGGCAAGCCCAAUUGAUGGAGUAAAGAGCAAACCAAGAAAGCCCACAGAAGCAACAGGAAAAGUUCUUGGCAGGAGCAGAAAGAAACCAUCUUCCUUUCCAAAGCAAGUUUUACGCAGAAAAAUGCUGUAAUUCUUUUCCAAGUUUUUAAUAUACACCCAUUUGUAAAGUCAUCAGAAUUGUGUGGAUUAUUAAAAAUCAUCUAAUUUGGAAGUAAAUAAUUUAUAUAAAUUAUUGUAAAUUUUUGUAAACAAAAGAUCUUCAAUAAGUAAAGUAACUCCAUAUGGAGUGUGAUUCUUUUAGUCACAGGCAGUUUUUCUAUUUUAUACUAAGACUUCAUACCUUUAUAUAAUAUGUAAAUAUGGCUUAAUAUUGGAAUGUUAAAUAAAGUGUAUACUUCACAAUAGUUUGUGUCUGUAGAUUUUUGAGAGGGGAUUCCUGUUUUAAUAAAGAUUUUGUAUGCUAGUAGACAUUGAUCCCUUUUUCUUUCUCUACACUUAAAAGUAUUAAACCCAUCUUAAAAUAAGGACGAU